AUGUUCAGCCUACCCUCGUUCAAGUUACCUUCUUUCUUCAGCCCCGACAAUAGACACUACCCAUCAAUUGAGCUUCCCUCGGUCGAAAUCCACGACGUCGAAACGGCGGCGGAAAAGCGUCCGCGGACAUUGAAGCACCUCCUCAAAGCAAACCAUGCAAACCAUUCCAUCAUAUAUCAUGACCUCCGAUUUCACAACCACGCUCCACACAUUCUGGGCUCGGCUUACAUCCUCGGAGGAACGCAUGAACACUUGAACGAGAUAUACGAGAAGGAGUCGGAGGAGCUUGAGCCAUGGCACGACUCCCCCGGAGAGAUAUCAAAGGAUGAUUGGAGAGACUUUUUGGGGAAGCGAGAGUACCAGCGGGCUUUCGUAGACUUCUUUGAGGAUCAGCUGGUCUCAAAACGGUACGACUGGAAGCUGCUCCUAGACGAAUAUAUAUUCGAAGGAAAAGAGCCCCUCAUCAAUGGGCUAGUCUCAGGGCUUGGCCAUCCGCUCAUCCACCUCGGAUACGCGUACGAGCUCAAUUCGAGAACUGUCGCGAUUGAGGCUCUAGCACACGGAGCCUGCUUUUACAGCUCCCUUCAUAAAUACGUCGACGAUACAUCUUACACGAAGCCUAGCCCGCACCCUUCGACGUCGCUGCUCGAUAUACUACACAGGGUAAGGGAGGACAAGAGAUUUAACGGGCUCUACGACCAUCGAAGCGGCGACAUCUCGAAAGUGCUUGCGAAAAGAGAGGAUGCCUUCCUUGAGUACUGGAAUGCGUGGGAGCUGCCAAAUCCUAAGAAGCAGUUCGAAGAAUCGCAACACACAGCGGUCGCCAUUCUCAUGGGUACGGAGCCGCCGGAUAAGUCGAGUUUUGAUUUCUUCCUCGUCCACCUGUUGACCUCGUCCCAUGCCGUUCGGAUCCUGUUGCCACUGAUUCCCGCCAAGUUCCACAUGAACCUCGUGCGGCAGUGGUGGCUAUUCACGCUCGCCGUGUACAUCGCCCAAGUUCGCCCCGAGAUCAAGCUCGGCGCCAUAGAGGACUAUGAUCCCAAGGGGCGGGACUGGAAAUUCGUAGUAGACAAGGCGCUCAAGUCUCCUCACGCUCUGGACGCGCACUUCGUCAAGGCGCUGCGAUCAAUGAAGGUGGCGGCAGAGACGUGGGGUGACGAGUCGCAAUAUUACCUCAAAGCAGCAAUUCGUUUCGCAGACGAGUUCGAGCACUGGGGUGGCUUUGGAACCGCUGAUGACGUCGCGUACGAAUAUCCAGAAUACCAGUAGGUUGUCCGUAGGUAUGACGGAGAUGUAAGCAGGGGAUCGUCUCAGGUUGUUAUAGCCAGGCCUUCAUUUCAGAGAUCAUUCGUUCAUACGGGGCCUCAACCCUGUAUCAUGCGACGAGCGACAGGUGGCAGAGUCAAGAUCCUCCGUCGUUGUUGUGGCUAAUUUGCGGCACGGGGGCACAGAGGCGUUGAGCAAGGCGAGUAACCUGGUCGAAUUUGACAAUCUGCAUUAUCCAUCUACCGGACAGCAAAAACCU